CCCAUUCAUUAAUGGUCCUAAUGGAAAUUUGUCAGCGUAAAAAUUCAAAUGCUAUUUCUAAUCCUGACUCUGUUCUCCGUGAUCAGUUUGUGGAAAAUGUUCGAGACAAAAUGUUGCGCAGGGAAUUAAAACAGUUUAUUCGCCUCUAUCCGGGCUCGCGUUUUUUGGAUGUGCGUAGAGAGUCAUUCCGUUGGGUUGACGAUGGGGAGGGGGCCCGCCCAGUGCGUGCUAGGGCUUUCUCUUGUGAUGCUAGUCCCGGGGCAGUAGGGGAAUGGGGAGCAGAGACCCAGGCUGUAGCUGCCACACCAAAAAACGAAUUGGUUGAACUUAAAGAUUGUUUGCGUAGGCAGCAAACUCAAUUGGACACCAUUCUAAAACAUUUGUCCUCUGGACCGGUGAAUUCCAAUCCCAAUAGCAGGCCAAAUAAUCCACCCCGGCGUUACAGAUUUGAAGCUGAUGGUCGGCCUAUUUGCUUAAAGUGUGAUCAGGCUGGUCAUAUGGCAAGGGACUGUUUGACAGUCCGUUGGCAGGGACGGCAGGUACGGAGUGACUCCGGACAGAGGGCAGUUAAUGUAGUUGAUGUUCAAUCCGCUGGGUUGCAGGGAAACUAGCACCCUCUAGUGUAUGGAGCCAAGCACUAGACGGGUCCUCAACAGGCUCAGGUUCUUUCCUCCCCAUACCAUCUUCUCAUUCCGUACUUAUAGGGCAGUGCCCGGUGGCCGACAUUAAGAUAGGAGGAGUGCCUAUCGCGUGUCUUGUUGACACUGGGUCUAUGGUAUCUACCAUCACAGAGUCUUUUUUUAAAGCGCAUUUCCAAGUUCAGGGGCAUGACCAGCUACGCUCCUGUGGAUGGCUGCAGUUAAGAGCAGCUAAUGGGUUGGAUAUCCCUUACCGAGGCUAUUUAGAACUGGACAUAGAAGUCCUGGGUAGGGUGCUUCCCUCCAUGGGCAUAUUGGUCGUUCAUGACCCACCGGAUUCUGGGUCAAGAAACAAAAAAAACGUUGUUCCAGGGCUUAUCGGAAUGAAUGUGCUUCGUUGCUGUCUGCGAGAAAUGUUCUGUCAAGGGAGCAGGGGUUUGUUUGCUUCUCCUUCUUCAGAUGUUCCUGCGAUUUGGAAACAUGCUCUGUUGGCGUGUCAACGCUUUGAAGAUCUGUCAAAUUCUGGUUUCUUGGGUCAGGUCUCCACCCCUCCAGGCUCUUCCAUUCUUGUGCCUGCUGGAUCUAUGAAGCUAAUUCCAGCUUUAUGCAGGCAGGGGCUGUGCCCCUUGAUUCCCUCUGUAUUUAUAGAACCAGGACAAGUAGGGGGGCAGUUGCCACCAGAUUUGCUCAUUCCUAGUUCUUUACUCCCCAUGGGUGAUGGCACAGUUGAUGUGCCGGUAGUCAAUGUGGGAAAUGAGGAUCGGUGGAUAAGACCACGUACCAUCUUGGGUCAAUUGCAUAUGAUAGAGUUAUGUUCGGUUAAGUCCAUUAGUUUUCAGGAAGAAGAUGGUAGUCAGGGCCCUGUUACUGUUAUUCAGUCUAUGGAGGUCAGCGCCUCCUAUCUUCCUGGUCUCACCGACACUAUCUGGCCUAACCUGACAGACGUAGAGCAGCAAGAGGCUAAGUCCUUACUUCAAAAGCAUAGUGCAGCUUUUAGUUGUGGGGAAGGGGAGUUGGGUUGUACAGACCUUAUUGAACAUGAGAUUCCAUUAGUGGAUGAGACGCCGGUGCGGCAACGCUACCGUAGACUGCCACCAUCGCAGUAUGAUGUUGUGAAGACACACAUUCAAGAGUUGUUGGAACAGGGAGUGGUGAAACCCAGCUGUAGCCCCUAUUCUUCACCCAUUGUUGUAGUUCAAAAGAAGGAUGGGUCUAUCCGUUUAUGCGUUGAUUAUAGGCAAUUGAAUGCGAAAACUAGAAAAGAUGCCUUUCCAUUGCCUCGGAUUGAGGAAUCCUUGGAUGCCCUUUCAGGUGCUUGUUUUUUUUCCACUCUCGAUCUGGCAAGUGGUUAUAAUCAGGUAUCUGUGGCAGAAAAGGACAGGGCAAAAACAGCAUUUUGCACUCCAUUUGGUCUCUUUGAGUUCCAGAGGAUGCCAUUUGGUUUGUGCAAUGCACCGGGAACGUUCCAGAGGCUAAUGGAAAGGAUCUUUGGAGAUCAGCGUUUCCAUACCCUUCUUUUGUAUCUUGAUGAUGUGGUGGUAUUUUCAUCCACGUUCCAGCAACAUCUGGAACGACUGGAACUCGUGUUGGGUAGGUUGACCUCCCAUGGCCUCUAGCUCAAUUUGGGGAAGUGCCAUUUCUUUCAGUCUGAGGUGAAGUUCUUGGGACACAUUAUUUCAGCUUCAGGAGUCGCAACCGACCCAGACAAA